UUACAUGUUACAUGUAUUGUGACUGUGACAGUCAGAACAUAUUCAUUUGAAGCUAUUCAUUUUUCUACUGGGUGUUUGAAAUAGUUGGGCGGCAAAACCAGAAUCAAUUUACUGCGACAGAUACUUGUGGUGUCUAUUCUUUGGCGUUCCGGCAUCACUGGUACCGUGUUUUUGUAGACUGUGGCACUGCACUUACAAUUUUUUUUUAAAUUUUUCAAUUCUGUCUUUACAUAAGUCCAAAAUCCUUGGCUUUGACAGCGAUAUUCGAAUUUGAAAUGGCUGUUCUAAACGCAAGUCGCGAAACUGACCACGAGAAAAUGAACAUUGUGAAUGAUGGAGAUAAAAAAGUACACCUCAUUGCACAGGAAUUGAAAUUAGCAAAAAUUUUAGCUGGAAAUGAUUUGAAGGCGAGAGAAAAGGCCCUAAAAAGUCUCGGAAAAUGGUUCGAAAAUCGGUCGAAAACAAUGCCAUUUACAAAUGAAGAUUUGCAGAGAAUUUGGAAGGGUUUGUUUUAUUGUAUGUGGAUGUCGGAUAAACCGUUAGUACAGGAAGAUUGUGCUAACAAAAUUGCAAAACUAGUUCAUAUGCCAACGCUGGAUGCAUCGUUACUAUUUUUCAGAGCAGGAAUGACAAUAUUAGCAAAUGAAUGGUUUGGAAUAGAUCAACUGCGCAUGGAUAAGUUUCUGAUGCUUGUAAGGAGACUUUUGAGAGAAACUCUGAUCACCUUAAGAAAUCAUAAGUUGAAUAGCGAGAACAUAAAAAAGUUCAAUGAAGUCUUAUCUGAUACAAUUCUGAGUCCAGAUGCCAUUCCACCUUUGGGAUUAUUUAUGCAUUAUGUUGAAAUUUUCUUGGAAGAACUUGCAAAGGUGACACAAGGAAAAAUACAACCUGAUAACACAGUUCAAUUAUUACAACCUUUUAUUAAAAUUAUGGUUUGUUCUGAUGACGGUAGGAAGAAAGGGCAUAUAAGGAAAUUCAUUUUUACAUAUCUUAUUCGACAGUCAAAUUUGGGUUUAGAAUACCAAGCCAAGUAUAAUGCGUGGAAACAGCAAGGGUUUCCUGGAAGUAUAGAUUCAAUGCAGAAAAUAAAACUAGGGAAAGACGAGAAAAUGUUAUCUGAUGAAGAAGAGAUUUCUUCUCAUGAAAAACCAUUGGAUCCCAGGGCUGGGAGAGUAGAUGUUGAAAUCCCACAAAUCAAAUUCAGUGCUAAAGGAGUUGCCGCUGCCCUAUUGGAAUAUAGGUUUCACAGAAAGUCCUCUCCAAAAUCGAGAAAAAUUGUCACAUCUCUAGCUGAACAGUUUACAAAGUUGGCAAAUGGAGUUUAUCCCUUGGGAGUUAAAAAAGUUAAAACUAUAGAAGAAACAGAUUUGAAUCUUAAUAUCCGUAAAGCUGCAAAUAAUCUGAUUAAAUUUGAACAAAAACUCUUGGGAAAAAACAAAAAAAGGAAGAUUGAAAAAGUUGAUGAACAGGCUCAAAUAGAAACAAAAAGAAUGAAGAUAACUGAAAAAGUGAGUGAGAACACUUUGGAAACCUCAGAAAAUAGAAAAAAAACCAAUUGCAAAGAGAGAGAACUUGAAAUAAUUGGUGAAUCAACUAAGGAACGAAAAAUUGGAUCAAAGAAAGUAAAUAAUAAAUUGCAUAGAUCUGAUGGUGAAAGGAAUGCCUGUUUCAAUAUUUCUGAUAAUAGAAAAAAGAAAUCCAAAUCCUGUAGGUCUUUGAAGAAAUCUGAGAAGGAAACCCAAAAUCUUGAAAAUAUUGAAUGUAUUUUUGAACGCAAUUCAGGCGUAUGGGUUGUUCACGUUGGUGAGGAUAAGAAUAAGGAAGCAGCAGCAUCUCUUCAGUCAGACUUUCCAAGUUCAUCAGCAGAAGUUUUAGAAGGGCCAAGUAUUUCUUCUGGGAGUACCAUUUCAUUUUCUAUUUCGUCAGAAUUACCAGAGUUAAAAACUUCUCCAGCGAAACGAAACACACAUGAAAAUAAGCCUGAAACUUAUUCUACGAAAACAAGCGCAAACUCAAGUAUAAACAGCAUUUCACCUAGUGCAGAAUGUGACUCUCCAAAAUCUGGAUUGUCACCAGUUAAGCUGUUUGAAUCACCUCCAAAGGAGAAGGAACUAUUUCCAAAAUCAGAAUGGGACGAACCACUUCUAGAAGGAGAAUAUGAAAUAUGCAUUUCAUCCAAAAAACAUAUAGCAAAAAUGAAAAAGCUAGGAAAUAAACCCAAUCAGAGCCUUUGUGAAGUAACUAAUUCUGCAAUGCAAAAAAUCAAAGGAAAAUCUCGAUUAAGUCUAGAUCCAAGUGUGGUUAAAAACCCAUUUUCCACACCAAUGACUACAAAAAGAGUAAAAAUUAAUACAAGACUAAAUAGGUCACAGGAUGUACAUGAGCAUCAUGCCCAAAUUUUGAGUUCUCCUGCUAUUCCGUAUGAUGCACAUAAAAAGCCAUCAAAACCUUUGUUGAAGAGGAGUGCAACUUCAACACCCAUCAAUCCAUUUCAUAAAAAACAGUUGAGUAUUUAGGUUUUCCAGUAGAAAACCUAUUGUCAGUUCUCAAUAUUAGGUUGUUUAUGAUGGACAUUUUAAAUAGCAUGGACUGUUAUGUUAUGGAUGGUAUCCAUUUUGUAUUUGUCAAUUUUUAAGAACUGUUACUAUUGUAGUUAUUAUACAAUGUUUAUAGGAUUUUCCAUUUACAAUAAGAAAUUUUGUAACUAAUUUCUUUUGUCAUGAAAUUACUUUAAUUUACUUUGUUAUGUAUUUAUAAAAUUGUUUGUAUUUUAUGGUCAACCAUCAAAUAUAAUUUUUUAAUAAAGAUGAAAAACAAAAA